CAUAGUGUGUAAGCUGAACACUCGGACCAGCAUCCUGGCAGCGACCAACCCUAAGGGGCGCUACGACCCCAACGAGCCGCUGUCAGUGAACGUGGCGCUGGCCAGCCCGCUGCUCAGCCGCUUCGACCUGGUGCUGGUUCUGCUGGACACCAGGAACCCAGAGUGGGACCGCGUCAUCUCCUCUUUCAUUCUGGAGGAGAAAGGUGUUCCUGCUGAGGGGGCCACUCUGUGGUCCAUGGAGAAGAUCAAGGCUUAUUUCUGUGUGAUUAAGCGCUUACAGCCACAGAUGUCCGAGGACGCUAACAUCAUCCUGACGCGUUACUACCAGCUGCAGAGACAGAGCGACGGCCGCAACGCCGCUCGCACCACCAUUCGCAUGCUGGAGAGCCUCAGCAGGCUGGCAGAAG